GGCCGAGCCGCCGGCAGCGGGGCGGGGGGUCGCCCCGAUGAGCCCAGAGUGCGAGGAGCCGCCGCCCCCCCGCGCAGGACCCAUGGCCAAGUGACCUCCCCAGAUCACCUUCCCCCACUGACUGCAGUUCCCACUUAUCCAACAAGUACUUGAGCUCUGGGCCUGGCCGUAUGCUAAAUCCUGGGAAACUGGCAUCAUCUGGGGAGAGGCAGAUGCCUGAACAGGCAGAUCCUGUCACAGAGCUGAGGCUCAGACGCUGUUCUAAGGGCGCCAUGUUUUGGAAGUUUGACCUGCACACAAGCUCGCACCUGGACACGCUGCUGGAGCGGGAGGACCUGAGCCUGCCUGAGCUGCUGGAUGAGGAGGACGUGCUGCAGGAGUGCAAGGUGGUCAACCGCAAGCUCCUGGACUUCCUGCUGCAGCCGCCGCACCUGCAGGCCAUGGUGGCCUGGGUCACCCAGGAGCCUCCAGCCAGUGGCGAGGAGCGGCUGCGCUACAAGUACCCCAGUGUGGCCUGCGAGAUCCUCACCUCAGAUGUGCCCCAGAUCAAUGACGCCUUGGGCGCAGAUGAGUCCCUCCUGAACCGGCUCUACAGCUUCCUGCAGAGCAGCAGCAGCCUCAACCCACUGCUGGCCAGCUUCUUCAGCAAGGUCAUGGGCAUCCUCAUCAACCGCAAGACAGACCAGCUUGUGUCUUUCCUGCGCAAGAAGGACGACUUUGUGGACCUGCUGCUGCGGCACAUCGGCACCUCAGCCAUCAUGGACCUCCUGCUGCGCCUGCUCACCUGUGUGGAGCGGCCACAGCUACGGCAGGAGGUUUUCACUUGGCUCAACGAGGAGAAGAUUGUGCAGCGGCUGAUUGAGCAGAUCCACCCAUCAAAGGAUGACAAUCAACAUUCCAAUGCGUCUCAGUCUCUGUGCGACAUCAUCCGCCUGAGCCGGGAGCAGAUGAUGCAAGGCCAGGACGGCCCGGAGCCCGAUCAGCUGCUGGCCACUCUGGAGAAGCAGGAAACCAUCGAGCAGCUGCUGAGCAACAUGUUCGAGGGGGAGCUGAGCCAGUCUGUCCUCGUCAGUGGGAUCCAGGUGCUGCUCACUCUCCUGGAGCCCAGGCGACCCAGGUCAGAGUCCGUGACCAUGAACAACUUCUACAGCAGCGUGGACGGGCAGCUGGAGCUCCUGGCCCAGGGGGCCCUGGAUAGUGCUGUGUCCAGCAUGGGUGCCCUGCAUGCUCUGCGUCCACGACUCGCCCGCUUCCACCAGCUCCUGCUUGAACCUCUCCAGCUGGAGCCGCUGCAGAUGACAUGGGGGAGCCUGGCCCCGCCCCUGGGGAACACGCGGCUGCACGUGGUCAAGCUCCUCGCCAGUGCCCUGAGUGCCAACGAUGCUGCCCUGACACAGGAGCUCCUGGCGCUGGACGUGCCCAACACCAUGCUGGACCUCUUCUUCCAAUACGUCUUCAACAACUUCCUGCAUUCGCAAGUGGAGGUGUGUGUGAGCACCAUGCUGAGCUUGGGGUCCCCUCCUAGCAGCAGCUCUGAGACACCGGGCCAGAACCCUGUGCUGAAACACCUGCUGCAGCACUGCCGCCUGGUGGAGCGGAUCCUCAUGUCCUGGGAGGAGAAUGACCGUGUCCAGUCUGAGGGUGGCCCAAGGAAGGGCUACAUGGGCCACUUGACACGGGUGGCAAAUGCCUUGGUGCAGAACGCGGAGCAGGGGCCGAAUGCGGAGCAGCUGGGGCAGCUGCUGAAGGAGCUGCCGGGUGAGCAGCUGGAGCAGUGGGAAGUGUUUGUGUCAGGACCUCUGGCAGAGACCAACAAGAGGAACGCUGUGGACCUGGUGAACACCCACCACCUGCACUCCUCUAGUGAUGAUGAGGAUGACCGGCUGAAGGAGUUUAACUUUCCCGAGGAGGCCGUGCUGCAGCAGGCCUUCAUGGACUUCCAGAUGCAACGCAUGACCUCAGCCUUCAUCGACCACUUCGGCUUUAAUGAUGAGGAAUUUGGGGAGCAGGAGGAAAGUGUGAAUGCACCCUUUGACAAGACGGCCAGCAUCACCUUCUCCCUCCACGCGGAUGAUGAGAACCCCAAUGCCAACCUGCUCGAGAUAUGCUACAAGGACCGCAUCCAGCAGUUUGAUGAUGAGGAAGAGGACGAGGAGGAAGGCCCAGGCUCGGGGGAAUUGGACGGAGAGUAUGGUGCCUGGCAGGGCAGCCAGCUGGCCAGGGCAGCCCGCGUGAGCCAUGCCCCUGGCGUCCGGAGUUCAGGCAGCACCGACAGUGAAGAGGAGGACGAGGAGGAGGAAGAUGAGGAGGAGGAGGAAGACGAGGGUGGUGGCACCUCCAUGCCCAGCGCUGGGCCCCAGCCUCCUGGCUCGAGCUGGACUGCUGCCUUCCCACCUGCGCCUGUGGAUGCCCUGCCAGGCCCGUGUGACUCCAGGGCGGCUGAGCUUCUGCCCCCAGCCCAGAAGCUGAGCAGCCCUGCAACUCCUGAUGUCCCGCAGCUCAGCUCUCAGGAUCCCAUUCCAUCCUCAGCACCUCAGAUGGCUGCAGAUGACAGCAAAACUGCAGAGCCCUCUGGUGAGCCUCUCUGUGCCUGCCCACCUAAGGCGCCAGCCCCCAGCCAGGCCCUGGUCAGUGUGGAGGCCCUGCAGGCUGCCCUGCGUGGGAUGCGCUCUGCCCCUAGCCCAGUGGACAGUGCAACCAGAGACCCCUCUACCUCUGUUCCAGUCUCCGGGGCCUCUGAGAGCAAGGAGGGGGAGAAGAGCCCAGAGCCCUUGGGGCUUCCCCCCAGCCAAAGGUAGCUGCCCCGUGGCUGUCGUGGCCCGAUCCUCCGUCCUCCCCACGGACUGGUGGGCAGGGUGGGUCCCUUGUGGGUCCCUUGCUCCCCACGCCUGUCCCCUGCACUCCUCUGGACUCCUGGAGGCUGUGCCAGGGCGAGGUCCCGCCCUGCCCCGUUUGCACUGAGAAGAGAGUAUGGAGCUCGCCUCCUGGAAUAAAGAGUCGCGCAGAAAGAGGAGAGAUGUUUAUCAUACUGUAUAUGUACCAUGGGGGCGGGAGCUGGCGCUGGGGCACAGCCUCUGCAGUCCCAGGAGGGCUGCAGGAGGUCCAGGCUGCUGCCUGUGCUGUCCUGUGCCUGGUGCCGAUGCCUGUGCCCAGCCUUCUGCUCAGGUCCCUCGAGGGUGGGCCACAGGCUAAUGGGUGGUGCCUUCACCCAGACCCGCACUCCUGCAGCACCUGGCCCAGGGGAGUGGGCCCCCUCCCUCUCCCCAGGGCUCUGUCUGGUUGGCUGGACCCUUCUGCCGGACCUGGGGUCCCAGCCCCGCUGCCAAGUGGCCUUGUCCCAGCUCCCUCUCCCACGACGGCGUGAGUGUGCGUGUGUUCGUGCCGAGCUUCUGUUUCAUAUUGCAAAUAUAAAUAAAGGAAGACAGUUUAUGACUCCCA